AUGAGCUGUAACAACGAGACCAACUAUUUCGCUAGUCCCGAAUUUCUGAUAAGUAUUUCAAACGUGAUAACAUUUUUCGAAAUCCCCGUGUGCACUUUUGGAGCCUAUUGCAUUUUGUUCAAGACUCCGGAAAGAAUGACGUCAGUAAAAUGGCUGAUGAUGAAUCUGCAUUUCUGGAGUACUAUGUCGGAUUUGACGAUUUGUUGCUUUGGAAUUCCGUUUCUCUAUCUGCCACAGAAUGCAGGGUAUGGGCUCGGCAUAAUUGAUGCUCCGGGGGCCAUGAUUUACAGUGGAGUUACUUUUAUUGGAGCUUUUGGAGUUUCAUUCCUAGCAAUUUAUGAAAAUCGAUAUUUUAUCCUAUUUGCUAAAAACUCCAAUUGGAAGCAUUGGCGAAAAAUAUUUCUACCAUUCAUGUGUAUUUUUGUACCAUUAUUUUUUCUACCGCCAUUUUUGCAAAUUCCGGAUCAAGAAAUUGCUCGUCUCUAUGUUCAAAAAGAAAUUCCGUGUCUGAACUUGACUUCUGUGCAAGAUAGGGAGCUGUUCGUGCUGUCUAUGAACUCCAACUUACCUGGAUAUUGCGUUAUUAUUGGAACAUUUGCUAUAAUUGGCUCAACUGGAAUAAUUUUUCUUCUCACACUUUAUCAACUCUUCAAAAGAAACAAAUCGUUUAAACUGUCUUCGAGGAGCUAUCAACUUCAAAAAAACUUUUUGAUCGCCAUAACUUUACAAUCGUUUUUAUCAUUUAUCUUCAUCAUUGUUCCAGUUAAUAUUAUCCUGUACGUAGUGGUUUUUUGGUAUUAUAAUCAAGUUCUCAACAAUAUAAUGUGCUUAAUGUUUUCAAUGUUUGGCUUGGAAACUUGUGUUGUUAUGAUUUUAGUGCACAAACCUUACAGGGAAUUUGCCAUAUCUUUGAUACUAUGUUUCCGGAAAAGAACUGUGAAAACAGUGGAAAACGUGUCUAUUGUAUUUUUAAAUUAA